CAAUCGAAUAUUUCGAACAGACGCACAACGAAAACAAAAUUACAUUUUUUUUCGGCCAAAUUUAAGUUUUUUAGAACGUUUUAUAGCGUUUUGGGGCUCUUCUGAUAAGCCGGUUGACCUUAGUUGAGCGGCAGCUGUUGGGAGGAAAACACAGUGCCACGAGAAAAUGGAGCUAACUGGUUGGGUGAAAAACUAUGAUUGGGGACGCAAGGGCAUCAACUCGGCCGUCGCCCAAUUGGCCAUGGCCAACGAUCCGGACUUUACGCUAAAUGAGCAGGAGAGCUAUGCGGAAAUGUGGAUGGGCACACACAUCUGUGGAGUGUCCGUGGUCAAGGAAACUGGCGAGACCUUGGAUCGGGUGCUGAAAAAGGAUUUGCCAUACCUGUUCAAGGUUUUGAGCAUAAGAAAAGCCUUGAGCAUACAAGUUCAUCCGAAUAAAUGCGAAGCUGAGCGCUUGCACAAGGAACGUCCAGAGAUCUACAAGGACGACAAUCAUAAGCCAGAAUUGGCCAUAGCUCUGACGCCAUUUGUGGCUCUAGUUGGAUUCCAGCCAGUCGAGGACAUCAGAGACUUUAUUGACGAGUUCCAGCCCCUUUCAAAGCUCAUCGGCAAGGAAGCUGUGGACAAACUGCAUCAAAGUCCCAGCUCCGAGACGCUUAAACUGUGCUACGAGAAACUGAUGAAGUCUGAAGAGGCUGUCGUUGCCAAGUGCAUUAAGGAUAUAGCCAAAAACUAUCAGAAAGAACUGAGGUUCAAUGAGCUGCUGGACGUGUUCAACAAGGUCAACGCGGACUUUCCUGGGGAUGUGGGCGUGUUAUCGCUUUUCUUCUUGAAUCUAGUCCACUUGCAGCCGGGCCAGGCCAUUUACCUGGGCGCCAAUGAGAUUCACGCGUAUCUAGACGGCGACUGCGUCGAGUGCAUGGCUUGCUCGGACAACGUAAUACGCGCUGGUCUCACGCCAAAGUACAAGGACGUAGAGCAGUUGAUUUCCUCGGUGAUCUUCGAAGGUGCAGAUGCUGGCCGCAAGCACUUCUUGCCCUAUCACAUUGACGAAAACGUCCAGGUGUACGUCCCGCCCGUGGACGACUUUGCGGUGAUUCAUGUGGCCAUUAAGCAUACCGUGGACACGUAUAAGUUGAAAAUUCAACCAUACGGCUCCAUACUAAUAACACUGGCGGGCUCGCGCACAUUGCGGCUGAACACCAGUGCCGGCCCCAAAGAGAUCGUGUUGACGCGCGGCAGCAUUGUCUACAUUCCAGUGGAGGCAGCGCCGGAAAUUGAAUUUGCCCCAGCCGAAGAUUGUGGCGAGAACUUCACAGGCUAUAUAGCGACAUAUAACUAUUUUCGAAUUCCAUAAGAUAAUAAUGGCAGUCUAAAUCUUCUGUAAAGUGCAAUAAACUCAUUUUUGAUUUAA